CAGUUCGGUCACAUUCUUCCGGUGUACCGAUCUGUUUUUCCCUUGUCUGAAAUUUGGCACUAUCACGGAACAGUUAUCCCGUCACCUCCCCCUCAGCUGCGCGGUCUGGAUAUGGCAACAUGUAGAAAUGACAGCUUGCCAGGUGCCAUACAGAAAGAUGUUUGAGUCAAAUAUGUGGCUGAAGACCUGCCUGGUGGCAGGCACACUCCUUGUUGGAGUGUAUGUCAUCUUUGGGGGCACCUCAGUCUCCCGUAGAAGGAGGAGGAGGAAAGAUGGCAUCCCAGGAUUAGCCAACAUUGGGAAUUCUUGUUUCCUGAAUGCCUUGGUGCAGUCCCUUGCCUCCUGCCCUGUCUUUGUGGCGUGGCUGUCAAGCAAACACACUGCCAGGGCACCUCCGCUCCUCACCACACUCCACAGCCUUCUCAGAGCCCUGAACAACGAGGGAGAGACGACUGGUGAUGCCUGCGCUGGAGAGGUGCUGGUGCUGCGUGGCCAUGGCUGGGUCAUCACGUCGGAGGAGCAGGACACACACGAGCUCUUCCACGUCGUAACCACCACCAUUGAGGACGAGAUCAUCAGUGGAGCUCCUGUCCCUUCCCUGCUAGAUGUCUCCUGGCUGGAUGUGAAGACAGAGCUGCCUGGUGUUGGUGUGGCACUCAGAGCUGCAGUGUGGAGGCUCAAUAAUGGCAUGCAGGAUGUGGAGAGUAAGAAUAACAUGCACAUGAAGGAGGAGUUGAAUGGUGUUGUGUGUAGCCACGUGCAUGACCUAGCUCACUUUGGGCUGUGUGAGGAACGUGGUGGUGGUGGUGAGGCUGCUAAGGGUUGUGGUGCUGAGAGGAAACUGCCAGAAUGUGAUGAUGAUGGUUGUGAAUCUCGUGCAGUGUCUUCGAAUCACUUGGAGGUGCACCACUGUGAUGAUACAAGUAAGGAUGCUGAAAUGCAGGGAACUGUUGGCCAUGCUGUGAACUCCAGACUUAAAACAACAAAGACUGACCAGAAUGCUGAGUUGCUGAAAUCUCAAGGACACAAAGACGUCAGUAUUGUCAGUUCUUGUGUCAUUCCCCCCGAGUGUGAUAAUAAUAAGAAUGUGAAACAUGAGGCAUACCUCCACAAGACACCCAGGGAGCCACAGCCCAGCACAGCACAUCCGGCAGGUGCCAGUAGAAGGAAGUCCGCAGUGAUCAUGGGCAGGAUUCCUUUCCGAGGCUACCUGGCUAGUCAGCUGCAGUGUACUGUAUGUGGCCACAAGAAUCCUGCCCAAUGGAGUAGCUUUGAAUCCCUCUCACUGUCGCUGCCAUCCCUGCUUGGGGAGGUGAGCCUGCAGGAGCUGCUGGGUGCCUACAUUACACAGGAGCAGGUGUCUGAGGUGAGCUGUGAGGGCUGCUCUCGGACAGCUGCCUUGCCCAUCAAGACCACCUUCACCAAGCAGCUCACCAUUGGGAAGCUGCCAGACUGCUUGUGUUUCCAUGUGAAGCGAACUGUGUGGCUUGAGAACGGGUCGGCCAUCAAGAGGAGGGACCACGUUACCUUUCCUGAGUUUCUGGUGAUGGAUCCAUACACCUACACUACCUCCAUUACUGCACAGGCAGGAGAGAAGAAUAAGUUACCAUUGGAAGGCAGGAGUUCCAAGUUACUGAAUGACCAUGACGUUACUGCUGCCUUGAGUCAUUCUUUUAUAUCCACUCCCAUGCAAGCCAGACCCAUGAUGUGUGUUGAGUCGAUGCACUACGACCAGCUGUACAGACUGCAGGCUGUCAUUGUGCAUGUUGGGGAUGUGUUCUGCGGGCACUUUGUCACCUACCGCAGGGGACCAACACACUCUCGCAGCAUAUCCAGGUGGUUCUACACCUCGGAUUUGCUGGUGCGAGAAGCCAGUCUGGAGGAGGUAAGGAAGGCCAAUGCCUACAUGAUCCUCUAUGAAAAAGUAGUGUAAAUAGAAGAUACUCACCUGUGCACAAGUUGUACCUGUGUAUAUAACUAACCACCUGUGUACAUAUUGGUGUGUGUGUGUGUGUGUGUGUGUGUGUGUGUGUGUGUGUGUGUGUGUGUGUGUUUAAUGAGAGGAUCUUCAUUUUCUCUAUUACAUAAAAGAUGUGUUUUGGGUUAACAGUUUUGUGAAUUGUAUUAGUGACAUUAUUGCUGCUAUAAUGUUUCCUCUGACCAACACUUCAAUUAGUUGUAUUGUUUGCCACUGCUGGACUAUUUGGCAACAUUUGAUAGCCACAGGAUUGGUGAAUAGGCAAUUAUUUUUAUACCUAGGGUAAUUAACCCUUCUUGUAAGUCACUCUUGAUCUUGAAGCUGCAUUGCAUGACUGCUGUCAUUGUUGAGCUUUGUUUGAGAGCACUGUGGUCUGUGUUUGUCAUUCUCAAUGUGCAUUUACUAAGACUGGUAUCUUAGGCCAGGCUGCUACACAUGAUUACAUCUGGUUCUUAUAUUAUCACAUGGAGCUUUUGUGCUUGAAGAAUUAAUUGUGCUGUGUUUUAAAGUGUAGCAUAAUAUUAAUAAGCAAGAAGUAUUGCUAAUUUUUCCAGAAAAGAGUACAUUACAUGAGUGCGAUACUG